AUGUGUCCACAUCACGGGUUGGAGGAUUGGCUCAUAAUUCAAACUUUCUACAUCAGUCUUCUCUACAACACAAGGAUGACCAUGGAUGCUGCAGCGGGUGGUGCAUUGAUGAACAAAAGUGUACGAGAUGCAAAACAACUCAUAGAGGAUAUGGCACAGAAUCAUUUCCAGUGGUCAGGUGAGCGCUCUUUACCCAAAAAUAGCGGGAGGUAUGAUGUAGAUGCAUUAGACCACAUUGCUUCUAGAGUAGAUGCUUUAUUUCAAAAUUUUGAUAAGAUGAGCAUGAAUUCAGUAGCAUCUAACUCUACUAACUGUGAAAUAUGUGGUAUCAUUGGACAUUCUACUGUGGAAUGUCAGAUUGGAAACUCCCCUUCCCCUGAUGCACCAUUAUCUGAAUAUAAUAAACAAAAUGAAGAAUUUAGAAGUCAGAAUAGAAUCAUGAGUGAUGCCAUCAAGAACCUAACUUCUAAGGUUGACUUUUUAGCCACCCAUAAUAAAAUGUUAGAGAAUCAGAUCACUCAAGUGGCCCAACAAUCUAGCUCAUCUUCCAGACCUUCCGGGAUGUUUCCUGGGCAACCUGAAACUAACCCAAAGGGAUCUAUUAAUGCCAUCACACUUAGGAGUGGAAAAGAGUUAGAGGGACCAAUGAUGAGGAAUGACCAUAAGGAUGUGGUUGAUGAGAAUGAGAAGUUAGUGUCAAGUGAGAAAGAGCACAGUAGUGAGAAAGUUGAGAGAUAUGUAGCACCUGCACCUUAUAAACCUCCACUACCCUUCCCUCAAAGGCAAGUUAAAGCUAAGUUGGAAAAACAGUUUGGGAAAUUCAUAGAAAUCCUUAAAAAAUUGCAUAUUAACAUCCCAUUUGUUGAAGCCAUUUCCCAAAUGCCAUCCUAUACCAAAUUCCUAAAGGAGAUUCUAUCAAAUAAGAGGCGAUUAGAGGAAUAUGAGACUGUAGCCUUGACCCAAGAGUGUAGCGACAUCAUACAAAAUAAACUACCACCUAAGCUUAAAGAUCCUGGCUCAUUUUCAAUCCCUUGCACAAUUGGUGAUAUGUCAAUUAAUCGUGCUCUAUGUGAUCUCGGUGCUAGUGUCAGUCUUAUGCCAUUGUCUAUAUGUAACAAGUUGCAGAUGGGAGACUUGAAGCCCACUACUAUCUCCCUCCAAUUGGCGGAUCGAUCGGUUAAACAUCCGGUAGGUAUAUUAGAGGAUGUACCCAUCCAGGUUGGAUUCUCAAAUCCCCAUUAUAUUGGGAAGACCUUUCCUUGCUACCGCUGGAGCGAUAAUUGA